AUGGGAAAAGUAAAAAUUUAUUACAAAAUAUUAAAAAUAGUUUUCAUAAAUAGCCAACCAGUUAAUAAGCUAAAAUAUUUGCUACCAUAGUAAUGGGAUAAAGAUGGAAUUCAAAAUAUACAAAGAACAAAACUGUAUACUAUAAGAUUCUCAAACAAACAAAAAUUUUAUAGUGCUAAUAUAAAAUAUUAUAACUACAACUUUUACAGAAAAUAAAAUACAUCUUUUUAUUUAAGCUAGACUCUACUACAAAAAGACUGAUUUGAUAAAAGAACAUAAAAAUAUUUUAGAAGAAUGCUCAGAGAAUGAUUUAUUUUUAACAAAUAUCACAGCUUGGUUCUAUUGCCCCAAAAUAGUAAAGAUAAUAUUUAUAAAACCCAUCAAUGAGUAUACAGAAGGAAAAUACAUUUACGAAGAAAAUUGUUACUGGAUCAGGAGCGAAUACAAUGCAUUAACUAAUGAAUUUGAGCCAGAUCAAACAUAAUGGAAAAGAGAGUGCUGUUGUAAUUCUAUAUGUAAUCCAGCAUUAUACGAAAAAGAAGUAGCAUUUUGCAAAAAUUGUAGCUUUUUAUUUCAUAUAAAAUGUAUAUAAUAAGAGUAAUAAUAACUGAAGAAAAGUUAUGAUGUUAUAUGUAAAGAAUGCUUACAAAAUAUGAAAUAAAAAACAAAAAAUACUAAACAACAAAUAAUUAUAUCAAGAAGAAGCAAAAAAUUAUGA